GGCUCCAGGCCUCCGGAUGGCGGCUGGGGCUGGGUGGUGAUGUUCGGAGCCUUCAUCUCCAUCGGUUUCUCCUACGCCUUCCCCAAAGCCCUGACCAUCUACUACAAGGAGAUUCGGCGUCACUUCGGCGUCUCCUACAGCCAGAUCGCCUGGGUCUCCUCCAUCAUGCUGGCCAUGAUGUACGCCGGAGGUCCGGUGAGCAGCGUGCUGGUGAACCGAUAUGGCAGCAGACCUGUGGUCAUUACCGGAGGACUCAUGUGCAGCGUGUCUAUGGUGGCGGCUUCAUACAGCAGCACCAUCACACACCUGUACCUCCUGAUCGGCAUCAUCGGAGGUCUGGGACUCUCCUUCAACCUCCAGCCGUCUCUGACCAUCAUCGGGAAGUACUUCCAGGCCAGGAGACCCAUUGCUAACGGUUUGGCUAUGGCGGGAAGCCCGGUGUUCCUGAGCACGCUGGCACCGCUGAACCAGUUCCUGUUCGAUCGUUUCGGAUGGAGGGGAGCGUUCUUCAUCCUCGGAGCCAUGCUGCUGAACUGCUGCGUCGCCGGAGCGCUGAUGAGACCUUUGAGAAACGAUCCAGAGACAAAUGGCACCACGAAACCAAAACCAGACUCUAAUGAAGAUGAAAUCGAGGACCAGUCCAGGUCGAGAAGGAGAUGCUUGGACAGCAUGAGCGUCUUCAUGGACCUGUCUCUGUUCCGCCACCGCGGCUUCAUCAUCUACCUGGUGGGAAACAUGCUGAUGUUCUUCGGCUUCUUCGCCCCCAUGAUCUUCCUGGCGGCGUACGCCAAGAACCGCGGCGUGGACGAGUAUUCGGCCGCCAGCCUGCUGUCGGUGCUGGCUCUCGUCGACAUGAUCGCCAGGCCCGGGACCGGACUCCUCGCCAACACCGCCCGCGUCCGGCCCAGGAUCCAGUAUCUCUUCAGCUUCGCGAUUACCUAUAACGGGGUGUGCCACCUGCUGUGCCCGCUGGCGUCGGGUUACUGGGGGCUGGUGGUGUACGCGGUGUGUUAUGGAGUGGUGUACGGUAUGGUGUGCGCUUUGCUCUUCGAGUGCCUCAUGGACGUGGUGGGGCCGAGCAGGUUCUCCAGCGCCGUGGGGCUCGUCACCAUCUUCGAGGGCUGCCCCGUUCUGCUGGGGCCGCCCAUUGCAGGCGCUCUGGUGGACAUGUUCGGCGACUACAGCUACAUGUUCUACAUGUGCGGCGGCGUGAUGCUGGCCGCUGGGAUUUUCCUCUUCAUCAUGAACUACUACAAUUACAGACGCAAGGAUGCUGCCCGCCUCGCCCGUGAGAGGGGUGAGGGGGGUGAGGGGGGUGAGAGACUUACCCAGAUUGCAGAGGAUGAUGGAAACCAGAACCAGGAGACGUCCGGCACUCUUGUGGUCAGACCGGGUGCAGAGGACGUCCCGGUGUAGAACGGGAACCGAAUUUGGGCUGGAGGUUCGUUCUGAAUGUGCUGUAUGAUAAAUAUAUUUUCACAGGUCUGUUACAGCUCACUGGUAUUCAUAUUCCAAUUGUAUUAUUGUAAUACUUCAAAUAUUUAUGUCGUAUUUGUGUUUGUCUAUAAAAAAAUCGUUAUUAUGUUUUU